AUACUUCUCAUCCUUAAUGAGGAUUAAGGGACGUGAUUCAAUUAGCUGCCUUGAUGUGACGGUGUAAGAGAUCCGGUCCAUUCAUGAGGCGGGGCAUAUAUGCCAAAAAAUAAAAUAAAAUAAAAUCAGGGUAGUACAGUUAUUGAGCUGCACGUCCACGAGCACUUUGGAUUGAUGCAUUUUUUUAUUUCUCUUGUAAUUAAUGAAAAACUUGGCCUGGCUGAUUAGGGAAUCCACAUUCAUUUUGGUACAUAGAUUGCCUGGCUGACCAUUUCUUAACAAUGUAUGUGUUGAACGCCAAGGGGUCCACGCGUAAUGCUUAUUUGCAAUUCAACCUGUUGAUAAGGUCCCACGGACAUUGAUGAAUGGAAAACACAUAUAGCGCUUGAUUCAAAACUGUGGCCCCCAAGAAGCUUUUAAUGGUGGGAAUUCAUUCCCUACUGUGUGGUCACCUGAGAUUUGUAUCAGCUUCAUUUUUGGGAACAUGCCCUAAAAUCAGCUGCCAAAACUGAUGGACGGGUGUGGAUAUACAAAACAUACAUCGAGGUGGGCCCCAUGAUAAGGGUUGCACCCACCUGGCUGGAUCCACCAUCCGCGUCCAAACUGUAUAGUCGAUGAUGAGAUGGCGGGACUUUUUCAGCAAAAAGAAUCCAACAUCGCACACGUGUACAAGAUCCAGGCCAUUAGCAAUGCGACACACAUUUCUAAGUAUGCUAGAGCAAAGAUUGAACAACUCCAUGCAUCAAGUAGAUUAUCAAACGUAAAUAGAUCUUGACCGUUGGUUCAUUUCUAUAGCAAUCAACCAUUUUCCUCAUAAUGUGUGGCCCCACGUGAUUUUUGACACACGAGCGAGGUAACUAACUGCCAGCUGAAUGGGUUGCGUAACCAACAAGGAAUCGGUCAAUCCAUUCUUCACCCUCUCAACCUCACGUAACUGCCACUACCUUUUCCUCCCAACAUUAAAACAGAAAUGCCGUUAUAACAGCAACCGUUGCACCCUCCCUUAAAUCUUAUAUACUCUUUCGCUCUCCUCUACACAAAAGAAGAAGGAUAAAAAAAAAAAAAAAGAUCAAUGGCAAAAUUCAAUGCUCUUUCCAUCCUUGCAGCUUCCCUUUGUCUUUUCUCUCUCUUAAGCUUCGCCUCUUGCGUUGAAUACCUACGCGUGCAAGGCACGGUAUACUGCGACACCUGCCGUGCCGGCUUCGAAACCCGUUUGAGUGAAAACAUUGCAGGUGCGAAAGUGAAGAUCGAAUGCAAGAGCCUUAUAACUAAUGAAAUAACUUUCACUGCUGAGGGUGUUACGAACGAGACAGGCGGUUACAACAUUCGAGUUGGUGGGGACCAUGAAGAAGAGAUGUGCGAAGCUGUGGCUGUGAGUAGCCCAAGAAAAGAUUGCCAAAAAUUAGACCCUGAGCGUGACCGUGGACCCAUCGUCCUCACUAGGAAUGCCGGCAUUGAAUCAAACAUCCGUUACGCUAAUCCCUUGGGAUUCAUGAUAGAUAAUGAUGUGGCUGGUUGUGCCGAGGCUCUCAAAGAAGUAGGUUUCCGCAAGAAAAAAUAAUUCUGCCGAUUCUUCUCUCAACUUAAUAAAUUUCAAUGGUGUUUGAUUAUUAUAUCACUAUACUAUAUACAUGAGAAAUGAUCACAUGCAGUGGGGUUCACCUCUUGUGUUCGAUGACAUCCAUCCCAUUUAAGUGUUUUGAUAGAUAUGAAGAUCACACGGUGCAAAAAUCAAACAAAUUCAAACAUUAAGUGGGCCACACAAGAAUAAGAAGGUUUUUGGGCAGUUAUCUGUAUUUUUUUUUUAUUAUUUUUUAUAAUGUGGCCCACCUGUUGUUCGUGCUGGGUGAUUAAGGGGGCUUCAACAACUCAUUUGCAUGGCAAGUUUCCAUGCGGUCGACUGCAUAUGAUAAUUUCUAAUCCACGUGUGUUAUCUUUUCUU